AUGGUAAAACGAAGCUUUCAGGUUUCUGGCAUCGUUUCAGAUAAAACUAAGUUUGGUUACAUAUUAGGUGCACUCAACCCCAAAUAUGCGAUAGAGGUACGUGAUAUAAUUAUCAAUCUGCUAGCGACGGGCGCUCACGAGAAGUUGAAACAUGAACUCAUCAGACGCCUGAGUCCAACCCAAGACCAGAAAACGCGCCUUUUAUUCGAACACGAGGAGUUGGGAGACCGGAAACUUCUCAGGCAUCUCAGAAGUCUUGGGGGUUCGGUCGGCUCCGACGGAAUUCUCCGGACUUUGUGGAUAGGUAUAAUUCCUCGAAACAUGCAGGCAUUCCUCGCUACACAAAAAGAUACAGAACUGGACAAGGUCGCAGAACUUGCCGAUGCCAUGUCAGAAUACUUGCCCUCUAGGCCUCUAGUCGUCGCUGAGGCUGCCACGGCAAACAUUGACGCCCAGUUGAACGAGAAAAUACAGCAGCUCACUUUGCCUUCAAGCCAGGAAAUUGCAGUACUUCGAAAAGAAAUCCGUGGCCAAGGCAAAGAGAAAAUCAUCUAUGACUGGCGAGUCAUGGCGUCGAGCAGUUCGGUCGUGGCGGAUGUAUCUCUUAAAUCCAACAAGAUUUGCAAGAGAUGCAAUAAGAAAUUUGUAAAUGGUGUAACAUGUAUAAACUGCAAAAGUUACUACCAUUCGAGGUGUGCCGAUAGUAUCUGUCGUGAAAACGACGAAGUGAUUUUGAUUAGUGAUGAUAACAUAAUGUGCUGCAGUGAGCUCAAUACUGACCAAAAGAACAUAGAUUCUGACCAGGAUCAAGCUUUCUUUGAUGCCAUUGAAAACCUAAGUACAGAUAACAAGAUAGAUAUCAAUAUCUUCACUUAUAUAUUGAAACAAAAAGAUCUAAUUAUUAGUGGAUUGCGGAAACAAAUUCAAAUCUUGAUGAUGAAUGAUAGCAAGGUCACGUCGAAUCCCAAGUUGAUAACAAAAACGAUUUCGCCACAGUCAAUUCCGAAAAAACAAGAAGCCACAAAAAACUAUGCAGAUAUGGUCAAGCCAGAUGUUCACUCAAAAACAGUUAUCCCGAAAUGCAACGUUGCCGGAUCAUCCAAUUACUCGGGAUUCACCAAGGAACAGUUAUCUACUGCCAUAAUGCAAACUACUACUGAACAAAAAUGCAGUGAAAUAAUCAACUUGAAUAAGGAUACAUCUGCAGAAGAUAUAAUAAGAAAUGACGGCUUCACGCCAGUGACAAGGAAAAAGCAAAAGAGACAUGUUGUUGUUGGAAACAACAACUCCAUUAAAAUAAAUGGAAAGGAUGUAAAAACUGUCCCUAGGUCUCGCUUUGAUCCAGGCAUCGAUAUGUCAACUGCGCUCAAGAAAUUCAAAAAUGAAAUUGCAUCGUUCAUAAUGCAGAAAGAUGGAUUAGUGAAAUCAGUAUCAUUUCGUUCUGACGAAAUAUCUGAUUUUGACAAAUCUCUGGAUUAUGAGCAGCACUCUAGAUCGAAGAACAUUGUGAUACAAGGAAUUCCUAAAAAUAACAGUGAAAACUCUAUCGUCGAACAAAUAUCGAACUUCCUUGGAGUCGUGGUGAAAGACAACGUCAAAUUCGCUAAUCGAGUACAGUCUAUGACACCUGUUCCUGAAAAGCCAAGAAACAUCGUAGUUGGAUUAGCUCCAAGAAUCUUGAGAUAUCGAGUUAGGGGUUUAGCUAAAAAGAAACGAAAAAAUAGUUCCAAUCCCAGAAAUGGAAUAAAAAUACAUGGAAAUAUCGAAUCUGUUUAUAUAAAUGAGCAUCUGACCUCAAAUAAUCAGUCUCUUCUGAGGAAAGCAAAAGAGGCAGCCAGAACGCCGAAAAAUCUCCAGUUUUUUUGGGUGGAAAACGAAAACAUUUUUAUGAAGAAGGACGAGGGAUCUUGUGUUGAAGUUAUUUGGGAUCCUCGAGUCCUACUCACUCUGUUAGGAUAA